AAGGAAGUCAAGAAGAAAAUCUGUGAACUUUGCGAGAAAACCUUCAAUACGAAUUACCAUCUAAACACAUUGGCAGAAUUCAUCCAGGAUCGGCGCUUCCUCAAAUUAUUCUAGAGAGUCAUUUUGAGUGCACAAGCCGUCCAAAGAAAUUCAAAUGGAGGUACCAUUUGGAAAGGCACUUGAACUAUUAACAAACUUCACAGUAUGCGCUGUCAUAAAAGGUAAACAAAUACGGAGAUUGGGAAAGUUUGGUGAAAGUGCAGGACGAAAAUGGAUAUAAAAGUGGAAAAUGAAGAUCCUGAUUAUACUUGUGAUGCUGAAAACUCCUUCGUAAACUGUGACAUUGUGAAGGAGGAGUACGAGAUUCAAGAGCAUCCGGAAUUGGCAGAAGAAAAGAAUUUCCCUGCACAAAAUGUGGAGUUUAUCAGCUUCGAGAUAAUAUCAGAAGAUCCAAUUCUUGAAGCCAAUCAGUUCAAAUGUUUAAUUUGCAUGGGGAGAAAAUUUUUCAACGCAAAUGAUCUGAGAACUCACAUGAAGACUCACGACGAUGAAAAAUCCGAGAUAUAUUUCAAAUGCACUAUUUGUUGCAAGGAUUUUCCAAAUUCUUCACGAUAUCAAGUUCAUAUGCUUACACACAGAGAGAAGAACCUUUCGUGUGCUCAUUGUUCGCGAAAGUUUAAAGACAAGUUGAAUCUUCUUCAUCAUAUAGGAACACACAUUGAAAAGCCGAUACCGUGUCAUAUUUGCGGUGUGAUGCCCAGGACUACAAAUCUGUUAAGAAUUCACAUGCGAAAGCAACACAAUGCAUCAUGGUUAUCACAGCAAAAGAUGUUGCCUUGUCACAUUUGCAAGAAGAAGAUCAAGACUGCCGCUAAUUAUGCAUGCCACGUCGCAAGGCAUAGCAAGUGUAGCAAAUUUGCUGCAGGAAAUAAAUGCGAAAUAUGCCAUCGCACUUUUAAAUCUAAGAAAAGUCUGAAAAGGCAUAUGACAAUUUAUGGCUCAGAAAGCUCAGAACAUGCUUCAUGCGAUAUUUGCAGAAAUGAAAUAAUGUAUUGUACGUUCAGUUCCAAUUCUGCACCAGUAAAGUGUUCUUAUUGCAAGGACAUCUUAAAAACGAGGCGUGAAUUUCUGGUUCACAUGAAAGAUUAUCACAGAGGUCUUCCUCAGAGUGCAGACGAUGUUCCUGAAUGUACAGUGUGCAAGAAAGUUUUCCCGGACCUUGGAAACUUGAUGACGCAUGUGGAGUUACACAAACUCAAGAAACGUAUCGUAUGUCCAAUUUGUGGCAUGGAAUUUUGUCGAAAAAGUCGCCUAUCCCGACAUAUAAUGGACUCGCAUUUGCCUCCAAAAAACGACUUUCAGUGUCCUUAUUGUUCGGAGUUUUUCGAAAAGAAAUGCAACUUGCGCAAUCAUAUAAAAAUAUAUCAUCCUGGAUUGCUUCUGACCCAUAAUGGCCCACCAUACAAAUGUAAUAUUUGCAGAAAGAACUUUUUGAUAUUUCAAGAUCUAAAGAGACAUGCUAGAAAUCAUGAAAAUGAAAUUGAUUGCAAGAUUUGUGGAAUGUCGAUGAAGACAAGCAAGUUGCAGAGUCAUAUUUUAUUUCUACAUAGCGAAUGGAAACUGGAGCAAACACACAAGAAGAGUGGAUUUAAGUGUCCAAUUUGCUCAGUUCCAUGCAAAAAUCUUCCUGAUUUGCAGCAACAUUCGAUCCUUUGUGCGAGAAAAUUGCGUCAAUAAAAUGUAAUGAUUGAAUUGACAUCAAAAUUUAUGAUCAUUGUGUGUGUAGUACAUAUAUGAAUUGAAGAAAUAACUAUGUGGGUAUAAUUUUGG